ACCUUCCCCGUCAGUCUGGUCCACGCGGUGAGACCUGGUGGGUCAGCGAAAAGUUGCGGGAGAGUAUCGCUCUUCAUUUUUUUGUGACGUUGUGCAACAAGUGAAAAUUUUUCAAAAUUGCGUUAAUAACUCAACAAGACGAUACCAAGAUGGCGGACUAUUUGAUCUGCGGAGGGACAAGCUACGUCCCAGAAGACGGGAAUACCGGUGCUCAACUCUUCUCCACGGGGGAAGGUCUCACUUACCAUGACUUCAUCAUUCUCCCUGGCUUCAUUGAUUUCACAGCUGAGGAAGUGGACUUGACCUCUGCUCUCACAAAAAAGAUCAGUUUGAAAGCUCCUCUGGUAUCUUCCCCAAUGGACACUGUAACGGAAUCUGAGAUGGCUAUUGCAAUGGCACUUUGUGGUGGCAUUGGCAUCAUUCACCACAACUGUUCACCAGAGACACAAGCACAGGAGGUCAUGAAAGUCAAGAAGUACAAGCACGGCUUCAUUCGUGACCCUGUAUGCCUCACUCCACACCACAGAGUCUCUGAUGUUUUUGAUGUAAAGAAAAGUCAUGGCUUUGGUGGAAUUCCAAUCACAGAAGACGGAAAGAUGGGCACACGACUCCUUGGCAUUGUUACAUCACGAGAUAUUGAUUUUUUGGAACCUAACUCGGACAAGCUGCUCUCAGAGAUCAUGACUCCCUUUGAUGACCUGGUAACGGCUCCAGCAGGUGUCAGUCUUGAUAAGGCUAACGAGAUAUUACAGAGAUCUAAAAAAGGUAAAUUGCCAAUUACAAAUGAACAUGGUGAACUUGUCGCUUUGAUAGCACGUACUGAUCUCAAGAAAUCUCGCAACUUCCCAAAUGCUUCAUAUGACGCUAACAAUCAGCUUUUGGUGGGAGCAGCCAUUGGAACACGAGAAACGGACAAGCAUCGCCUUGAACUCCUUGUCAAUGCUGGUGUUGAUGUGGUGGUUUUGGAUUCUUCACAAGGAAACUCGAUAUACCAAAUCAACCUAAUCCGCUAUAUCAAAAAUACUUAUCCAGAGCUCCAGAUUGUCGGUGGCAAUGUUGUAACAGCAGCACAGGCAAAGAAUUUGAUAGAUGCAGGUGUGGAUGGCUUACGAGUAGGUAUGGGAUCCGGUUCCAUCUGCAUCACACAAGAAGUCAUGGCUGUUGGUCGUCCUCAGGCUACAGCUGUAUACAAAGUGGCUGAGUAUGCUCGGCGAUUUGGUGUACCUGUGAUGGCUGAUGGUGGUAUUGCCUCUGUAGGUCACAUCAUCAAAGCGCUUGCAUUGGGUGCAUCCACAGUAAUGAUGGGUUCUAUGCUGGCUGGAACUUCAGAAGCACCAGGAGAAUAUUUCUUCAGCAAUGGCGUGAGGCUCAAGAAGUACCGUGGCAUGGGCUCUCUCGAGGCCAUGGACCGUAAAGAUACCCAGGGCGCAGCUGCCGAUAGAUAUUUCCAUGGAGAGGGAGACCGCAUCAAGGUUGCACAGGGAGUUAGUGGUUCCAUUGUGGAUAAGGGGUCCAUCCUAAGAUUUCUGCCAUACUUGGUGUGUGGCAUUCAGCAUGGCUGUCAAGACAUCGGUGCCAAGUCAUGCUCAAUGCUCAGGGCCAUGCUGUAUAGUGGUGAGCUGAAAUUAGAGAGGCGCACUGUCUCUGCACAGAAAGAAGGUGCAGUGCAUAGUCUCCAUUCGUACGAGAAGCGGCUUUACUAAUCACCAAUCAACGUGCCAAAAAUCUGUUGUCAGGGACUGAGUGUAGCAGGAGGUUGAAUGCUUAAAGGAAAAAAGUCUUUCUCUUUCACUUUCUUUUUAUGAAUCUUAACUACAUUAUUGAUUUUGCCUUCUGCAUAUAGGAGCUUGAUCUGUGAUGUGAUCAUGUGUCAGUGAUAUGAUAUUUAACUACAGAAUCUUUCUUUGUGGUACAGUGUACAAUUUUAGUAGUAUGAAUGAAUGAAUACAGUUGUAUUUGCAAAUGUUGAAUGAAAUCAGCACAAUACCUAUUGUACAAUAAAAGCAGUUGGACAUGACAUUUUACGAGCACAAGGACAGAUGCAGUUUGUGAAAUAUGAUAUGUGAAAGUGUUUUCUGUUAUAGAAGUCGAAGAAGCUUGCAGUAUGCAAAACUACAUUUUCUUCCAAAAAUAUAUACUUUGAUUUAUUACAGAUAUAUAUUUUGAUUGUCUGAACAAUGUUGAAAGAAAGCAAACUAGUAGAUUUAAAGUCUAGGGUGUAGCUGAUAUAGUUGUAGGAUGUCGAGUUUUUGAAAAAAGGCAGUAUGCAUCAAAAAAUUAUUUGUCAGUUCAUCCUUGUGUUGUAUGAAUGUGGGUGCAUUUGUGUAAACUGAUGUUUAUGCUUACAUUUCUGAUGUGGGAGUAUCCUUUUGAGACAGUUUGCUGUGUGUAUUGUAAAAGAUCAUGGGUAAUGCUUAUGAACUGUCCCAUUAAGUAUGAAACCAUAAUGUGAAUAUAAUUGUGAACCUCAAAUUAUGAUCUUGAGAACAUUUUAAUCCUUAUUAUUGGGCAUUUCUUGAGAUCAGCCUGUAUGUGGUAUUUGCCAUUGUUUUGUUUUUUCCUUUUAAUCCAAAUCUUGAUUGACUUCCCAAGUUACUUCGUCUUGUUAACUUGAGUGGGAUGUGGUCCCAUGUAUUUGUUAAUGAAGCAAAUUCUCAAGUAGCAUCUUCAGAGUAUAACAUUUGCCUCUUCUUUUAAAGUAUAUUUUGAUUACUUGGACAAAAUAGCUGCUAUUCAUAGAUAAUGAGGCAGAGAUUGAGUGAUGUUAGAUCUGACAAAGCAUUUUAAAAACUGCUUUGCUAUACCAUACUUGCAAAGUACAAAACUGAAAGACAACUUCCAUAAUGUAGAAUGUUGAAGGUAGUGUAAUGUUUUCAAGUAUACAGUAAGAUAAAGAAUUUCAAGUCAAUCAAGUGUUGGAAAGUGACUGAAACUGUAGCUUAGAUCCUCAGUCAUAGAGUAUGGACUGUAACGUUUUUAAUGUAUUAUUUAAAAGUAUAUUUGCAAUAAUUAUCUGUGACUUGUUCAAAUUGCUGAGUAAUGCAUCUCUCUCCAUGUACUGUGCCAAAUAUUAUGUGAACAGUGUGCAUUGACUCUAUAUAUAUUGAUGAGCUGAUGAAAUUUGAAUAUACUUAUUGUUAUUAUUAUUUUUUAGCAUGGUUGAUUAUAUUUUUUGAUAUAUUAGCAAAUGAUUUUACAAUAUUCCUCAGAUUUAUUAUAUAAAACAAGAUGUACAUUCUUAAAAGAAAAAAAAAUUGUUCAUUCUCCUUCAAAGUCUAUUAUAGGUUAUGAUUUUGUUUUUGUGAGCACAGGGGUCAUAUUUUGCUCGAGUUCAAAGGUCCCGUGAUGUAACAUGACAGCCUGAGGAUUGUUAUAUUAAAUGACUAGUGUUAUGUUAGUUCUGGGUGACCAAUAAUAUUUCAAGUGUAGUAUGUGAUAUUUUUC